AUGGAUAAAGUCGAUCCAACUACAGUACCUCAAAAUCCAGUUCAAAUUUCCUUUACUGAACGACAUUCGUGGCGUCGUAGUAGUCAAUAUUGUGAUCAAACUACGAUCAAUAGUGCUGGGACAAUUGGAGCAGGUUCCGUUACUUGCGUUGGUAGUAGUUGCGGAUCUUGCUGUUCAAUCACAGCUGCAGUACCAUGCACUGAUUUCAGUGUGAGUCAAGAUGUUAGUUCUGGACAACUAACAACAAUCAUCAACCUUGCUACAAAUGUUAAAGUUGGUUUGACAUUCACCGGUUCUGCAUGGGUUGAGAAGGUAUUUAUUAAUUAG